CAACAUGACUGGUGGAAUCGGUUGUGCCUUGCACCCUUACCCGAGACGUGUAAAUCGACAGAAUCACGAACACGUGUACGGCUCAGGUGACGCUGGAAUAAAAUUAAAUGGACAGCGCGAAUAUCAUUACGCCAACUCGACAACCACCACACCCUGGUCACUUUUUCUGCGGGACACGUGUAUCGUGACGUGGGCGUUGCCUUGGCGCUCCCUCUUCACCUUCUUCCUCCAAUCCGUCUCUGCAAAAACGAACUUUCUCCCUCACAGUAAAGUCAGUUGUAGGUUUGAAUUCUCGCCGACAGUUUUCAUUUCACGAGUUUGCUCUGUUGCGAUUCUGGGACGAGUUAAGGCUCCAAAGUUGAAGGAUCAGACCAAUAUUCAUGUAUAUCCUGAUUGGGCAGCCAUGCAGGCUUAUUAUGGACACGGAGUUGCUCUUCCACCAUAUUGCAACUCAGCUUUGGCUGCGGGUCAUGCUCCUCACCCUUAUAUGUGGGGUCCACAUCAGCCCAUGAUGCCACCUUAUGGGGGACCUUAUGCGGCAAUCUACUCACCUGGAGGAGUUUAUGCACAUCCUGCAGUUUCUCUUGCCGCAGCACCAUCAAGUGUAGAAACUCCUUCGAAGCCAUUAGGAAAGGCGGAUCAUGGUUUGAUGAAAAAGUUGAAAGGAUUUGAUGGGCUUGCAAUGUCAAUAGGCAAUGGAAAUGCUGUGAAUGCUGAGGCUGGUUCUGUACGUACGCAGUCACAAAGCGUGGAGGCUGAAGGUUCUUGUGAUGGAAGUGACAGGAAGACAGAUAGGACGGAUCAAAUUAGAAGGAGAAGAAGCUGUAAGGGAACACCAGUCGCAGGUGAAAGUGGAAAAACUGAAACACAGAAUAGUCCAGUUACUCCAGCUUAUGAUGAGGAGAUGAAUGCUGCUUCAGGCAAAGUGUUAGGUGAUACUGUUCCUGGGAAAUCAGGACCUCCUCCUUGUUCUGGCAUUACAACUGCAUUGGAGAUCAGGAUCUCUGCAAACUCAAAUACUAAGACAAACACUGCUAAUGUUCCACGACUUGGUGGACUGUCCUCUUCUGAAACCUGGAUACAGAAUGAACGGGAGCUGAAGCAGGAGAGGAGGAAACAAUCGAACCGAGAAUCUGCUAGAAGGUCAAGGUUAAGGAGGCAGGCUGAAGCUGAAGAACUUGGACAUAAGGUUGAAUUAUUGACUGCUGAGAAUAUGGCACUGAAAUCUGAGGUUAAUCAAUUAAUGGGAAAGUCGGAAAAACUCAGGACAGAAAAUUCUACAUUAUUGGUGAAGCUAAAGAAUGCCCACCUAGGAAAACCUCAAGAAAUGCAUUUGAAAAACAGUGAUGACAAGAGGGCCAUGCCUGUUAGUACUGAGAACCUUUUGUCGAGAGUUAACAAUUCAGGUUCUGCAGACAGAGGGAGAGUGGCAGAGUGUGAUGUCUAUGAGAACGACUCAAGAUCUGGCACCAAGCUACGUCAACUGUUGGAUGCAAACCCUAGGGCUGAUGCUGUGGCUGCUGGGUGAAUAAAGGUAGUAGAAGCAACAUCUUUUCAAAUUAUGAUGUAAUUUUGGCGUAAUUAAAAGCCCAAAAUUACUACUAACUUUAUAGCAUAGGGAUGGAUCAGCUGAAUAGGAUUUGUGUCCAUCCCUGUAACUUCAAAAUUUCACUUCUUAGGUUUUUCAUGGCAGCACUGAUGUAUUUUAUCGUAUUCAGAAUGCUGAAAUGGCCACUAAAGGUUAUGCGUACGUUUGAUAGAAUUAAGGGUUUGGUAAGAGGGAAGAUCUUGCUACUUUGUUUCUUGUGGUUGUGAAGCAAUGUGGAAUCUUUGCUGUAUAUGAAUGGAACAAUUAUGUUUCAUUGGAUGUAGAGUUGCACA